AAAAAAAUAAAGUACUACUACUACGAAAAUUUCAUUAUUCCAUUGGACAUAAAUUAAUGACCUAACGUCACUGAGCCAUCUAAAACCAGCACAAUGAUUCCCUUCACAUUAACAGGGGGUCAUCUUCUUGCUUCCCCAUAUGGGCUGUGUGGAUGCCCUAGAGGCACAGAAACAAGCUCAACCCUAGACAUGGGGAGUGGCGAUCACCCUUUCUUCCUCACACCACAACCUCACCUUAUGGCCUCAACCUCCCACCAGAGCUACGGCCAUGAUCUCGAGGAGUUCAUGCUCUUCGAUGGCGAUCUCUCGAACGCUGACCUGAUGAGCUUGUUGGGGGAAGGUGUGCUCGAUACCAGCCAUGAAGGAACUGCCGACCACGUCUUGCAGAUCGACACGGACUCUGAUCUGAUGAGCUUAUCGAGGGAAGCAGUGCUUGAUACCAUCCAUGAAGGAACGAACGCUGACCUGAUUAGCUCAUCGAGGGAAGGAGAGUUCGACACCAGCUGCGAACGAACCGGCAACCAUGACUUGCAGGUAGACGACGAUGCUCGGGUGACCGAAGGCCGCUGCGAUGAGCAGCGCGGUGGUGAUGGUGAUUCCCCCGAGGUGAUCCCAAAGACGAGGAAGGACCGGUCCAAGACCUUGAUCUCGGAGAGGACGCGAAGGGUUCGGAUGAAGGAGCAGCUCUACGAGCUACGAUCUCUCGUUCCCAACAUAACGAAGAUGGACAAAGCUUCCAUCAUAGCAGACGCAAUUGCACAUGUGAAGGAUCUGCAAUCUCAAGCUAACAAGUUGGAGGAAGAGAUAAGCCUACUCGAAUCGGGAUCCAAUGGAGAGCAAAUGCUUCAGGCUUCUAGCAGGGGGGCAGCGGAAGCGAUGCAGCCACAGGAGACUGCUACUACUGCAGCAGGGAGCAGGAUAACGCAGGUGAAGGCAUACCAAGUGGGCGAGGGGAGGUUCUACGUGAAGGUGGAGGGCAGCAUGGGAGACGGCGGAGAGCCGUCGGCUCUUUACUCCGCGCUCGCGUCUCUCUCGUGCUUCGAUAUGGAGAGCUCCCAUUUCUCCCUCACCUCGGAGGGCUUUGUGUUCACCCUAACCUUUAAGGUGGGGGACUUCAGUGGGGAGAUGAAUGCGUCCUCCAUGGAGAUAUGGGUAAUGGGUGCUUUGGUGAAGAAGGGUUUUCAGCUCAUGCAGACAACCACGCUGUAAAAAAGCUUCUUCUCCCCUUUUGUGUUGCUUUGAGCAUUCAUCUUUUCAACUGUAGAAAAGCUUACUAUUGAAGCCUCAAUCUGUUGCAUGAUCAAUGCACAAAAUUAGACUCUUGUCCUUCAA